CCUCUCAAUCCUUCAAAUCCUCUCGACAUACCCCCUUCCCCAAGUUUUCUCUCCCUACGCAAACACAAAAUCUCUCCUUUUGAUCUCAUCCCCCGGGAAAUCGUUUUCUAGUUCCUGAUCGGAGACAACCCAGAGAGAAAUGGCUCAAAGAACCGAAAAAGAAGAGACCGAGUUCAAGGUACCUGAAACCUUGACGCUAUGCAUCAACAACUGUGGGGUUACGGGGAAUCCGGCCACCAACAACAUGUGCCAGAAAUGUUUUAAUGCCACAACGGCCACAUCCUCCUCCUCUUCCUCAUCUACCACCAACACCAUCUCCUCCCCUUCCCCAACUGGCGAUGCUACUUCUGGUGGAGCCUCCAUUCUGAAAUUCUCUGACGACCAAUCCUCAAUAUCUACCCCGUCUCGUUCACAAGAGAACCGAUCCGAUUCUGCUCCGACUACAACAGCUGCAACAACAACGAAUAGUUGGAUCACCUCAUCAAAUCGAUCCGGAAGUGAUCCCGCGGCGGCUGCGGAAAAGAAAGUGGUGAAUCGAUGUUCGGGUUGCAGAAAACGCGUGGGGUUGACUGGGUUCCGGUGUCGAUGUGGGGAGCUCUUUUGUGCGGAGCACCGGUACUCGGAUCGACACGAUUGCAGUUAUGACUACAAGGCAGCGGGUCGCGAUGCCAUCGCUAGAGAAAAUCCCGUGGUUAAAGCAGCCAAGAUAAUCAGAGUUUAGUCAAGAUAAUCAGAGUUUAAGUUUAUUAAAUGAAAUUAGAUUAAAGUUAGUAUUGGAAUAUUUUUCAAAUUGAAAUUUGAGCAAGUUGUGGGGAUCCAUGCUGUAUCCCAUCGUCAUCUCUUGGGAAGAUGAUAUCUCAAAAGAAGGUUUCACAGAGAGAAAUAGAGAAUCAAAACCUUCACUUCAAGAUUACUAGUGAUUGUUCAUGUUGCAUCAAUCUAUAGUUUUUCAUUUUUACUUGUUUUAUUAUCAUUAUUAAUUGAGAAUGAAAGAAUAUCGUGGCUUAACCAGGAUUCCAAUC